AUGUUUUCCGAGUAUGCCUCCAAGUUCCUCUCGCAGUCGCAGUCUGCGUCGCGACUCUCCCUCGGACAACCCGAGUCGCCUUUUACCCAGCCUCGCUCAGACAGACAGCGACCCUCCUCUCGCACACGACCGUCGGGCAGCUACUUCCAGCGCCGCAGCAUGAACCCAUAUAACUCGCAGGCCAUGUCGCGCUACCCUUUCGCCUCCCGGACCUCCAACGCGCCCGCGCCUCUGUUCUAUUCUGCCACAGAUGACUUCCGAGAAGAGGACGACCAUGCAGAGCACGAUCGCGAAAUGGCAGACCACUACGCCCUACGCCGCUCGCGGGCGCAGUUUGGCGCCAGCAACCUAUCCGAGUCGGCAGGAACAGAUGACGAUAUGGAACGGAAAUCAGACCACACAGCAGACGGCGGCAGCGUUGAAGGCGAUGCCACCUACGGACUAGGUCGGGGCAUCAAGAGCUCGUGGAAGGAUGACAAUACUACGCGAGGGAGAUCCACUACCGUCACGAAGCUGGAUCAUGACAGGAGAGAUUCAAGCGUACCACUCUCCGAGUCGAGCGCAGCACCGAGCAGCCAAAACAACGCCAAGCUCGUGGAUGUUGAGUUAGCAUCAACGAAUCGGGGAAGCUUGGAGGACGACGAAGCGAGCGAGGUUUCACGAGAUGUUGAACGACCGCCAUCAUACCAGCAGUUCCGAAAUCCGCCCAGACGAACGCGCGGCAGAAGUCCGCUUCGAACGCAAUUACCAAUACCGCAAGAGACGGACGAGGACACCCUCUUGCAGCAUCCUGGGCCGCCCGACAGCGAUUCAGAUCCUCAGCUUGUUACUGCAGAACCCGUCACACAACCACGACAUAACUUCUUUUGGGCGGAGAUGUUUCUCCUUGCAAAGUGCGCCCUUGUCGGCGUCAUCUUCCUCGCCUGGCUACAGGAUUCACCACCAGAUAAGAAACACCCAUUAGGCGACACGAUAUAUACUGUACUGCAUUCGUCGUUUCAUCUGAUUGGCGUCUAUUCGCUAGUUUCAGUCUUAGUCGGUCUUCUCUGGCUAUCAUUACUACGUUCAUUCGCACGACCUUUGGUUAUAGUUUUACUGGUCGCCGUACCGGUGAUAUCGUUCUCAUUCUUCCUGUAUCCGCUUAUAUCGAGUUUCAAGGGCUCGUGGAACGGCAAAAGCACUCAGGAUAAAGUCAUGCGGUGGCUCUCCCUCGGUCCAGCCAUCUUCUGCGUAGGGUGGCUUUACACGGUAGUGAAAGGGCGCCAUGCCCUGGAUAAAGCGACUAGGAUGCUCGAGUUCUCUGGUGAGAUCCUACAAGCGAACCUCCACCUGCUCUUCAUCGGAAUCGCCACCUUAGCUGCUGUCGUGGUGUGGUCCUGGAUCUGGGUUUUCAUGUUUACUGGCCUGUUCCUUGGAGGUCAUGCCACGAAGUCUGGCUGGGUCAUCGACAUGAGCACCUGGUGGCUUGGCGCAGCCUUCUUCUUCGACUACUUCUGGACGCUCAGUGUGAUUGCUGGCGUCCAGCGCGUUAGCACUGCUGCUACCGUGAGCCACUGGUACUUCCACCGCAACACGAACCCCACACCGCCACGUGCUAUGGUCCAGGCCUCCUUGUUCCAUGCAUUUUAUACCAUGGCGGGAACGAUAUGCUUCUCUACCUUCCUAUCUCUCCUCGUCCGGCUACCGCUGCUUGCCCUCCCACGGCGCAUUACUCGGUGGAUCAGUGCUUGCGUCUACCACGUCCUCCCAACUUCGAUCGCCGUACUAACAAACCCGCUCACCCUGACGUACGCGUCGAUCCAUAGCGUGCCAUUGGCCCAGGCCUCACGCGGUAUCAGCGAGAUGACUUUCAUCUCGCCCUCUUCGCCGUCAACAACCCUUGGACCACGCUCAUUCGCACCAUCUCAGGCCCGCCCAUCGAUAGUCUCGUACCGCCUUAGCAAGACCCUACUCCACGCCAUUCGCUGGGUCAUCACCCUCGCGCUGGGUUUCGGAGGCUGGGUUUCGACCGCCAGGAUGCUGAAGCUUGGGAAUGACACGGUGCCGUAUACUGGCAGUUUGUAUGCCUAUGUCAUUGGGUUGAUCAGCGCGGCAAUUGGGUGGGGAGCUCUCGGUGCGAUGGAAGGUGUGCUCGGCGGCAUUCUCGACGCUGUGCUCAUAUGUUGGGGCAGUGAAGUCGGAAGGGAUGGGAGCGGGGAUGCGAGGUUUUGCAUCGAGGCCGGGAGGUUGUUUGGCAAUGAGGUCAGUGGGCAGGGGAGAGGCCGAUAUGAAGUGUAG